GCAACCCUGUUUUAUUCAUUACAUUUAAGGAAACUCAGGGUGAGAGAUAUCCUGAGCCGUGACAUUCCCUCGUGUUUAUUUAUUCUUCUAUAUGUUUCUACAUAUUUAUUUGCCUGCAUGUUUUUAUUUAUUUAUUCUUCCAUACUGUAUACGUUCUUCUCAGCGGUCUCCACGUGGCUUCUCGCACCGCUCCAAUGCUUUUGCGACCGCCGAUAUUUCGCAGCGGGGCUGGCAAACAGGAUUUAUCACCUUUUACCAAACCCGCCCUGUUGCUGGCUCGGGCCCGGGCAAAGGCGAUUCCGUCCCCGGGCCGCCGCUGCCCUCAGUCCCGGCGGGGCCGCCGCUGCCCCCGCCCGCCCCUUCCCGGCGCAGGCGCGGCCAGCCCGCCAAGGGGAACCGGGCGGCUUUCCCGGCAGCGGCGGGCUCAGGGGACGUCCCCGCCGGAGUGUGCUCGGCCCGGGCAGUGCCAGGGGGCACAAGUUUUAUGAAAGAUGCCUGGUGAGAAGCAGACUGCAGUGAAAUACUACGUUGGAGUUGACGUGGGCUCAGCCAGCGUUCGCGCAGCUCUGGUGGACGGGUUUGGGACGGUGGUGGCACAUGCAGAACAGCCCAUCCAGGUCUGGGAGCCCCGGCCUGACCACUAUGAGCAAUCCUCUGCAGACAUCUGGGCUGCCUGCUGCUCUGUCACAAAGGAAGUUGUCCGUGGAGUGGAUGCCAGCCAGAUCCGAGGGAUUGGGUUUGAUGCUACCUGUUCUCUUGUUGUGGUGGAUAAGCAGUUCCAGCCUUUGGCUGUCAACUCUGAGGGACAGAACCACAGGAAUGUGAUCAUGUGGAUGGACCAUCGUGCAGCGAGCCAAGUCGAGCGCAUCAAUGCAACCCAGCACAGGGUUCUGAACUAUGUAGGGGGAGCCAUGUCUGUGGAAAUGCAGCCACCUAAAUUGCUCUGGAUAAAGGAAGUGAGUGCAUUUAACUCUCUGGUGCAUUUUUACUAGUGAUUAGUGCCCGUG